AUGACUUCGGGCUCUUCGAUACACCCUUCUACUACAGAGCCUCCAGUUCCUAUACUGGUGGUGACAGCCACUACAGGAAACCCGCCACCCGUUGUAACUUACACGCCCGUUCAACUGUCAGACAAAACGACCGUGACAGCAAAAACCACGUCUAACGGCAUUGUGAUAUUUCCAUUGGGGAUGGUUUGGUCUGUUGUAAUACCAAAGAUAGGGGCCCCAACGCUCCCAGCCAUAAUCCCCAAGAUUCCUGACUUGGCUCCGCCGCCGCCAUUGGUGAUACCUAAGAUUAACCCACCCCCGAAGGACAACGGACAUAACGACAACAACAAGGGCGAUACCAAGGGGGGUAGCAAUAAUGACAACGAUAAGGACGAUAAAAAGGGGGACAAUAAGGGGGAUAAUAAGAAUGACGAUAAUAAGGAUAACAAGAAUGAAGAUGAUAAGAAUGAUAAAACGGGCGACGACAAGGGUGGCGGAAGUAAUGAAAAUAACGACAAGCCAACCCAGUCCAAAACAACUACGACCAAGCCAACCAAGACUGAGCCAACUACGAGCCAGACGCAGAGGACUUCUCACACCUCUUCUCACACUUCCUCGAAAACCAGCUCUUCAUCGUCAAGCGAUCAUUGUACUAUUACUGCCCAGAUGUCAUACAACAUAAGGAAGGAUGGCGUCUGGGAGUCUUUUACUACAACCCAAAAGCCAACAGGCCCCACCAACACCUGCGAAGGGACGAUUAAAACUACGACAACCACUGUCUCUCCCACAAAAGCAGUUUUCAUUACGUACAAGGGCCAGAUCGCCAUGGGUGAUGCGAUGCCUACAGGCCAAGUUGAAGUCAGCGAGAAAAUGAAGCAGUGGCUCAAAAACAGACUUCAGAGUCUCUACCCCGGAGCAGGCGAAGCUUCUACAACCUCAACCACCAAAACCGCCGCACCCUCCAAAACUACCUCCAAAGCCACAUCCAAAACAACCUCUAAAGCAACUUCUAAAAAUACCUCCAAGACGGCCUCCAAGACAAGCUCCAAAGCCUCAACCCAUAGAAGCUUCACAACGUCAACGCCGAAACCGCCCACAACAUUCGCGUCCAAAACGACGACCAAAACAUCCAAAUCUUCUUCCAAGACAUCCAAAACCACCGCCAAAGCGAAGCCAACCGAACGGCCAAAGCGAAAGGGUUAUACGUGCGACUUGGAAAAGGUAGACGAUGAAGGCUCAGGCGGCGUACCUAGAAACUACACAUCGGGGGUCUACAUGGCAGCAGCGCGCCAGUUCUGCGGCGGCGGCUAUGGCUGGUCGGUGCGGCCGGGCGAUAGGGGGUCUGGGUCGAAUUAUUUUUGGUUUGAUUCCAAGAACAACGACCCAAACACGCGCCUCCCAGCCUACUGCCUCGGCUCGGCCAAGGGAGUCUACGACCAGUGGCACCCGGCAAGCAAGGAGUACUGCAGCGGCACGGGGGAAGUCAGGGGUGACAGCAAGGUCUGGGUGGAGGUCUCGCCGUCGAAGAGCCAGGCGGGCUGCAGGAAGUUGAAGGAGUAUAAGCUGGACCAGACGGAGUGUGCGGGAAACUUUUUGCAGAUUAUCGUUACGUGCAUGAGCGAUUCGGGAACAUCUGGGCUUUGGAGAGAAAGUAAUGAUAAUGGAUGUUGGGACUGGCAGCUUUGGGGUCGGAAAUUGACCUAG